AUGACUCCGCGUCAAUCAACCUUUGGGUUGGGGCCACCUCAGAAGAAGAAUGUUCAAAAGCGGCCGGUAGACGACGUUUCUAAUCUGGAGGCCCAAGGUCAGGGAGGUGACGACAAGAAAUAUGGGAAACGCGCGCUGGUACACCGAUUGAACCAGGAGAGACAGGGUUAUCCCAGGCGUGAAUAUAGCCUGUAUCUGUGCUCGCGAGCUUUCGCAAAAGAUAAGUUUUACCCCAUGGACCUAAGGGAUGAGCUUCGAGGAAGUAGCGGAGACGAAAGCGAUGAUCCGAAAGCGAUGUCUGCCGCGGACAUAAGGUCUAGGGUCCAAGCUAAGCUCGUCAGAGCGGGCGUCCCGACAGAUGCUGCUCCGGUAGAGACUGGACUUGAGGCUAGCCCCUUCGGCCGUCGCAGCUUGGUACUUCCGCACAAGUAA